CUGCCUGAAGGAUCAGGAGGAUACACAGACCUUCAUCAUGGCCACCGCUGAUCUGCUGGUGGAGCUGAUGUUCUCCUGGAUCGAGAAGAGGGAGAACUGUGCAAAGAAGCUGAAGAAACUGGCUGAUGAGUUGGAGACACUCAGGAAGAAAUGUAACGCCGCAGAGUGUUAUGGCAGCACGGUGUCAGUGAUCGGAGCAGCAAGUCUGAUUGGAGCCGGUGUGGCCACUUUCUUUACUGCCGGAGUAGCUGCUCCAGCUUUAGCUAUUGUAGGAGGACUAUACAGCGGUGUUGGUGCUGCGGUAUCUGUGACCGCCAAGAUCAUUGAGCACUUUUCAUCCAGCGACACCUUGAAAGAUGCUGAGAAGAUAGAAGAGGAGAACAAUGAGAUUGCAGCAAAAAUCCAGAAUCUGUUUGAGCAGCUGAAGGUGGAGGUGAGGAGGACGUUUCCCUCUGCUGACCCAGAUCAAGUCGACCAACAUGUCAUGACUUCAUUCAUGGGAGCCGUGGCCAGAAGAAGUGGCCUGAAGCUGAACUUCAGUUUCAGCCGACAUGAGAGUUUUUAUCUCACAGAACUGGGAAUCAGACAGAACUCAAACAACACUUUUACAAUGGCAGCUGGACUGACAGCAGUUUAUGGUAUUUUCACAGUUUUCUCACUGAAAACUGCUGGGAAACAAUCUAAGCUUUUGAUUGCUGAAGCAACCAAACAACUCAUCAAAGAAAUGUCGGCAGUAGGAUUGAAGACAGCCAUUAAAGGAGGAGCCAUGGUUGUGGGAGGAGCUGUUGGAAUGGGGUUUGCUCUUCCUGAGGCGAUUGACAACUGGAAAGACCUGAUCGAGAAGAAUCAUGAGACUGAAGCGAGCCGAUCACUGAGAGACACAGCUGACGACAUUCUAAAGAUGUGCCGCACACUGAAGGAUCAGUUCGACAACAUGAGGACGGUUCUGGAGGAGAUGGACAAAAGACAAAGAGAAGAGGAGGAGAAGGAGAUGGCCAGAAGACAAAGAGAAGAGCAGGAGAUGGCCAGAAGACAAAGAGAAGAGCAAGAGAUGGCCAGAAGACAAAGAGAAGAGCAAGAGAUGGCCAGAAGACAAAGAGAAGAGCAGGAGAUGGCCAGAAGACAAAGAGAAGAGCAGGAGAUGGCCAGAAGACAAAGAGAAGAGCAGGAGAUGAGCUGCAACAUGACGACUGGAACCAACCUGUCGUGA